AUGAAGCGAUCCGUUCUCAUCUCUCUCAUCCCCGCUGUGUUGGGCUGCGCCAACAUCAAGUCCAACCCAUGCGCCAUGGCGGUCGCUGCCAACGUCGCCUCCUGCGCUGAUGUGAACGAUGCUUCAUCUGUUCCCGAGUGGGCUGCUGGUUGCUCUAUGAACAGCCUGAUUAAGGAGUGCAAAUGUCAGUACACCGCCGGCGGUGAUGCUGAGGCUCCCGCUGCCGCUCCCGCUGCUACUACUCUUGCUACUCGCGUUGCCUCUGCUGCUCCUAAGGCUACUGCCGAGGAGCCUGCCGCGUCCGUCCCUACUGAUACUGAUGCUGUUGCUGGUAGCUGCAGCGCUGCCACAGUUGAUGCUCUUGUUGGGUACGGUUUCGGAACCACUGGAGGUUCUGGUGCGCCUGUCGUCGUCAAGUCUUGCUCUGAGCUCAAGUCCGCUCUUGACAACGGUGGUGUCAUCCACAUCGAUGGCAUGCUUGAUGGCUGUGACCUCAUGAAGGUUCCUAGCGACACCACCAUCCUGGGUGUUGGCUCCAACUCUGGCCUCACCAACGGUGGUUUCCGCAUUGUCAAGUCCAACAACGUCAUCAUACGUAACCUCGUUCUGCGCAACCCUCCCAAGGAGAUGGACUGCAUCGACAUCGAGACCUCUACCUACGUCUGGAUCGAUCACAACGACUUCGCCACCGAAGGCAUCGACGGUACCGACAAGGACUACUUCGACGGUCUCCUCGACGCCAAGCGUGCCUCUGACUUCCUCACCUUCUCCUGGAACAAGUUCGCCGACCACUGGAAGGCCUCCCUGAUCGGCCACAGCGACGACAACGGUUCUCAGGAUGAGGGCAAGCUCCACGUUACCUACCACCACAACUACUGGAGCAACAUCAACAGCCGUGCUCCUUCCAUCCGUUUUGGAACCGCCCACAUCUACAGCAGCUGCUACGAGGAUCUUCCUACCUCUGGAGUCAACUCUCGCAUGGGCGCCAAGGUUCUGGUUGAGUCGACUGUUUUCAAGAAUGUGCGACGACCUAUCAUUACCAACCUUGAUUCGAGUGAGGAUGGAUUCGCUGUUGAGCGCAACAACCUUUUCGAGAACAGCGAGACUGCUAUUACUCAGGAGAAGGACUUUACUCCUCCUUACGAGUACACUACUUCUUCUGCCGACUGUGUUUGUGAGCUUGUUAAGUCCAAGGCCGGUACUGGUGUUAUUAGCAUCUAA